CUGUGCAUCUCUACCCCGUCUUGUAUUGAUUUCCGACAUCCCUCCCCUCCUCGUACCGGCGACGCAUUGUCCAACAGGCAAAUCUGCCGACUCGCCAGCUCAGCUCCAGCUCAGUUCUUCAGUGAGUCUGUCGGAACGCCCAUCUUGGCGUACUUGGAGCGUUAUGCGUUUGGUCGGCAGUUGAUCCCAUCUCCACCUCAGGUAUGCCUGCCUGGCCGUUCGACACAUGCUCCUUCGUCAAGCUAGCCAAGGAGGAUCCGAAGUCAUUGAUCGCCGGCCUCGAAGUUCGGUGCGAACAAGGCGAAGGUCAUAUUCAGAUCAUCCAUAACGCCUUCCCGGAUCAGGCAACCCCCGACGUCACCCUCCCCGGUCGUUACGGGUGGACCUCCAUCGAUGUCUUGGGUCGCUACCUGGGGCGUAUCUACACGGUGGCAGGUUCACCACUAUAUACGGUAUCAGGAGAUCGUCCCCUGAGCCUCUAUCGGAUAUGCGGAUCCAUCGUUCUGCUACGAGAUCGGGGUGAGGACUGGCAAUUCGACAGAACGACCAAGAAUUGGGCAGUAAUCCCCCAGGUCCUCCGUACCGACUGGCCGCUGCCCGUAGUCAACCUGCUGAAUGUCAACAUGGAUCUGAUCAAGACCGGAGUGUCGGCAGCGACAUCGACGACGGCGAUGACCUGGCGGAGGUUCUCGCAAAAUCACGGGGGACAACGAUUCCCACUGAUGUCGAUGGGUAGAGAUGCGAUUCGUUAUAAAGUCGUGGAGCACCUUGUCCGAGAGUCAGUCAGCUGCCACCUCUUUGCAUGCGCUGGUGGGAUGCUGACAAGAAGGACUUGUUCGCUCAUUCCCAGUAACCUGUGGCCCAAAGUGGCUGAUGAAUACGAACACGGGGACCGCUCGGAUAUCAAGCCUCACUGUCUCUGGUUGCUGCAGUACGAGGACGAGGACGACCACGGGCAGAAGAACGGCCGCCAGAAGACGGCUAUCGCUAGUCAGUGGGAGUCAAGGGAACGGCGAGGGAUAUCCUUGAUGAUGGUCGCCGAUACCGUCGACGUGAAGAUUGAGUCGAGGUCAGGACACACCUUGCUGGAUGUCAGGCUAGCAGACGGAAAGCGCCACAUCUUCGUGGUGACUGGCAUGGUGGCUCCUUAGCCCCAGAAGAGGGAGACCGGACCCGCGUUCGACCGCGAGACGUCCUGCAGGUUGGAGUAGCGUUUGACCACAAGGCCUCAGGCUUGAGUUGUCGCUCAUUCUCUAGGU